AUGGAGUCCUGGUUAAACACAUGGAACAGCACAACGACCACCUGCGAGCCCGGCGAGCGAUGGGCAAACUGUUUUAUGCGCCAGGCUGGUGUUACCACCAACACCACAACGUCGAUACGUUGCGACCUGAUAGGACCUAAUACUUGCCCUGAGCCAAGUAUAGAUGUGUUCGAGAGCGCAUCUGCCGAGGCGAGCUACGGGGUGGCUAGUAUCUGGGCACUGCAACAAUACAUGACAACCCUCUACCAGUUCCUCGAAGGAGAUCAAGGCCUGUCACUGAUAAAUACCGGGUUCCUAAACCAGACAGCUCCCAGAAGCGCCAAGACCAUUCUCGUGAACAUUCUCGACGAGAUUGGAGAUCCGGUAGCCACUCAACUAACAACGAUCAUCGGAUCGCCUGUUCCCAUAAAGCAGGGGAGUUUCAUUAUCCCGACCCAAGCUCAGGCGCAGCAGAUUGUCGGGCAAACCGUUGGUAAUCUGUUGCAAUGGCUGAUGACGGAUUGGUUGGAGGGUGGAUUUACGGCUCUGGCUAUCGAAGGGAACUUGAUUUCCAUUCUUGGAGACUAG